UUAACCACCUUUUCGGCAUGAAUCAUGGUUAACAUUUACCUUUCUUACCCCUCACUCAGCUAACAGUGCUCACGGUGAACUACACAUCCAGACUCGACAGUUUCUUCUUCUGUUGUGGCUAUGGAAGGAAGGUGUGCUGUUGAGACUUUGGCAGAGUUUGGCUUCUCAGCGACGUCGUUCACAGAAAAGGUCCUGCUCUGUUUUGGGACAGAUGUGUGCAUCUGUACUGGCAGCGAGGAGGUCUACGUCUUCAAUACCCAAGAGAGAAAACUCAAGGCUGUCCUCCAGUUUCCUGCUGCAGUGAGUGACCUGGUUGCGAGCCAUGACAAGCAGCUCCUAUAUGUAGCCUGUAGGAGUGGAGUUUACUGUGUCAGCUCAUCAUUUUUGCUAUCGAGGGUUCAAAGCUCCCUGGCUGAUGCAUCCUCCAGUCUGGCUCAGCUUAAAAUCACCUCAGAGUUUCUUGUCGUUGAAGAGGAAGGAGUGUCGUCUCUGCUCCUCGUCGGCUCUGCACUCCUCAGCCUUUCCCAGAGAGACACGUCCUGGCUGUUGACUUUGUACAAAACGCCAACACAUUCAGUAUCCAGCAGCUAUGAGUUGCUCAGUUCAUUCAAUCUCCCACUGGUCUCAGCUGUUGCGCAUGAUAGCACGGAGGGAAAGAGUGGACUAAGGAGAAGGCCCGUGCUAAUGUGCGUCCACUCUGGCGAUACAACACUACCAUCGUCUUCCUGCGCUUCUUCAUCUGAGGCAGCUUUAACUGGUGGCCACUUUCACCUGGAGCCCGUCCUCUUCAAACUUCUGUUUGGGAUUGACACGGCUCUCGCCAAAUCACCAGUUAUACUCUGCGGCCUGCCAGAUGGGCGCCUGUGUUUCCUCCCUCUGCGUCUCCCAGGAUCAAGACUCAAGGUCCUGCAUAACCUUGAGCAACCAGUCAUAUUUGUUCGGGCAUCUGUUGUCAUGGAAACGAGUGAAGGACAUGCACAGUGUUUGGUGGCAGUGGGCGAACAAGGGAGAGUGGUGCUGAUAAAAGUUGAUGAGGGAGGGCCAGAGGGAAGGGGUAUGAUAGCUGGUUUUACAGAAGGUUGUGUACCAGGGCCUGUGUUGUGUGCCUGUGUGGAUAAACACUGUCUAUACUACAGCACUGGUUCAGACCUGCUGGCACUGGAUCUAUCAGAGGGAUCAUCUGGUAGAGCAGUGCAAGGAAGGGAUGAGGAUUCAUACAGCAAGACAGUAGCUGCCCUUCAAAGCCCCACCAGUUUAAAUGUGUGUAGAGUCAUUGCAUUGACUGAACGCACAUACAACUCUGCAGGUGAAACUCAGCUGCUGGGGCUGUCUAGCAGAGGACAGCUGCAGAUAAUGACCUUGCCUGUAGAGAGAGACGAUGCAGGAUCAUCUGGGCUCCCUUCCACACAGGUGGGCCGCAGCGUGCGGGACCUACUGUCAGCUAUUGGAGAUGCUUGUGAAAGAGCAUCCUGUCUGAAAACUGCCAUCAAAUCCAAAAACCAAACUUUGAGGCACCUGAAUCAGGUGCUCAACAUCAGCUUCCUGUUGGCAGCCAAUGCAAACAGUGCAGAACAGCCUCCCAUCCAGGAGAAGCCAAUUAGAUGUCACGCUGUAACCACUUGGAGCAGAUUGCUUCAGAAAGACUCCUUGAACUUAAAAUGUAUCCUGAAUAAUGGAAGUCCUUAUCUACUGGAACGAGGCUGGACACUGAACAUCACUGUGUUUCCUCUCUCCUGCUCCUUUAGUGCAGGAGGGGAAAGCUCCUCCACAAAUUUUUCAUUCCCCUUUCACAAUCUGCAUCCAGGGGAAAAGCUGGAGGUGUCACUGCCCCUAGCAACUACAGGUGGCACAUCCUUCCCCAUUACAGUCAGCUGCUCACUCAUCUUCUCACUCGCAAGUCUCCUUGGAGAGGAGGAGGCGGCAAACCUUCCUGGCUCACAGAGCACCUGCAUCAGUUUGCCCUUGAACACACUGACAGUGGAUUGGUUGCAUGCCCUGCAGGUGAACGGUCCCACAGCCACGCACAAGAACACCACAUCUCAAUCCAACAACAUCACCACCGCUGAUCCCAUCCAAGCUUUUUUAAUGUCACGCCAGAUGAGGUGCAGAGGAAGAGGGGACGGAGGAGGAGAGAGCGCUCCAAACCCUGAGAAGGAGCAGUAUUCGGCAAGUGUGAGGGUGUCGUCAGAGUUACUAAGAGAUACAGUAAUGUUGAAAACCUCAGAUUCGGACCUUCAUGGGGCAAAGUUGGCUCCUCCAAAUGUAUGCUUUUCUCUACUGGAUUGGCUGUUGUCUGAAGGUCCUGGAGGAGUGGAGACGGGACAGCAAAGAGACAAGAUCAACAGCUCCUCUGUCCAUGCUCGAGAUCCCAAUGGACACACAGUCAAACUAACUGCAAAAGAGGCAAAGCAUCUCCUAACAAGGGACGAGUCUCAGGCCAUAGUGGAGGUUCAAGUUGAGAGCUCAUCUAUGGCAGCAGUGUGUGGGGUGCACCACGCUGUCCUGCGUAGAGUACAGACUCUGAUGCAGAGGGCUCCUGAGAGGGCUGCCUCCUCAAUGAGGAUGCAGAGUUUAGGUUUAAGACAAGCACUACAACUGGCUGAGCGCCUCUUGCAGCAGAUCCAGCAGAGUCGUAUCUCUGGGGCCUUUGGUGUGGGUGUGUCCGCAGGGCAGAUGACCCGAUCUCUCCUCAGCGUGUACCGAGAACUGAGAGAAAAUCCUCUCCUCAUAAUUUAACAUUUAUCUCAGCUGAGCCUGCAUCACUGCCCUUGGCCUUUCUCCGUUGUUACGCUAUCUUGCUUUGCAGCUGAUUAAAAAAUAAUAAGCACUCAUGGUCCUUUAUACUUCAUGCU